CACUUGAUGCAGGGGUGAAAGCCUGCUGCCAUAGAGAGGUCAGGGAUGUGAGCAACAAGUAGAAAUAACGAUGCCCACUUUCUGCUCAUUCAUGGUGUUGCAUUUGAUUUUCCACAUCAGAAAUGAUGGCAGUAGUUGUGUGAAGAUUGAAUGUGGAGAGCCUGCAGGAAGAAUUUCAGAUUCUGUCUACUUUGUCACCUCACCAUUUAUGGCAUGAAGUGCACCAGGCCACACUCCCCUUGUUACUGUUGCUACAUAUGUUUAGCUUUCUGCUCACACACAGUUUUUUGGUUGAAAUUCUUCGUAAUAUACGAAAAAAAUGAGUCCUUGAUUUCUGACAGCGAUUAAAAAAAGCAAGCCUCUCAUUUCUAGUUGGCAUAUGUUGAUUUUUGUUGGCUGAAAUGACAACUGUUGCUAUUAGAUUUUAUCAUCUUAUCACCAGAUUUUAUUAUCUUCAGCUGUCUUCACUAUUCCGCUGUCUGACAACCCUGUAAAGGGAUCUUAGAUAUGCACUUGUCUACAUAUGUACAUGAUAUUGUGCUAAAAGACUGGAGCUAAAACUGCAUGACCCAGAGAAAAGUCAGCAUCCUCACCAGCUGAAGAUUUGAAGACUUGGAAAUAAAGAAACAGCAUUGUUAAUGCACUAUAGGGUAGAGAUAGUUCGUGCUAGUAUUAUGUAAGUAUGAUAAUAAUAUUUUUUUAUUAGAACCCGUAACCCACAAACUAAUGUAGUAUGACUUGCUCACUGGCCUUGGAAGUAACACUGGGUUAGGUUACUACUGUUGUUAGCUAGUUAGCUUGACAUGCUAGUGUUUGUAGCUUACUAUAUGUUUGAGGAGACACGUUUGUAUUUUUGGAAAUGCCAAAAAAACCCCACCAGCCUCUAUGGGUGUGCAGUAUGGCCAAAAUCUUCUAUCAUGAUAAGAUAAGAGAUAAAAUAAGAUAAAACUUUAUUUAUCCCAGGCCGGCAAAAUUUGGGCAUUACAGCAGCAUGUAGUAGCAGUGGGAAGAAAAAUGGCAAGAGAGAUAGAGAAAUUAAAAAAAACAAAAUACAAAAUAUGGUAUGUGAUCUUGUGUCACAGUAACAGUAUAUAUCACAGUAUAGUUGUGUUUUACUUGUUGUUUAUACUUGUUAUGUAAAUUCAAAUGGUUUAAAAUAACCAUAUCAUACUUUAUCACAUGUGAUUAUUUUCUUCUUGUAUUUGGAAACUCCAUACAAAAAAACAAAAGCAGCUGCCUCACAUGAGACAACACAAGACUCAAAACAGUAAAACUAACUUUCUUUCAAAAUCAAAGCUUUAAGGUUCCAAAUGAGAACGCAUUCUCACUUACUUGAAAUACUUGUUUUAGGUUCAGGUGAUGGGUGGUGCCUGGGUAGAGCUUGCAGGAGGAGGGCUCAUCUGUAAUGAUGACUGUUUUUGCGUUGAUUUCAAUACUACAUGUGUUUGGACGUAUCCACAAUGUCAGCAAAACAGUGGAAAGUAAUAUCCAGGCGAGCAGAAAAGAGUACGAGGCAGCUAUACUCCAUGAAAUGUCAUCUGCACGCCACUCUAUCAUGUGGUACAUACCAUAUGACUCUACCAUCGCAUGGUAUGUACCCUCAUACAGCCCAACCCAACCACCCUCUAUACUCUUUAUAUAAAGAAUAUCUGCUUUUAUGCUAGUAAGAAUAGGUUUGUGUGUCUCUGUCUGUCUCUCCAUGCGUCUGCCUUCCCUUUCUAUUAUGUCCUAUUAUCACCCCACAGAGUAGCACAGGACAGGAACUUAGGCCCCUGUGGUGCUCCAGUCUGCCCUGCCUAGAUUGUUCACUGUGUUUGGGGGAUUGAUUUCCCGUCAGUGCAUUUCUUCCUGUAAUAGCAGACAGGCACUUCCUGCAGGAUACAAGAGAUCUGCGCCUUUAAUGAAGUCUUGAUCUACAGUUGGGACGGAUGGAAGGGGCUUUUGUUCACCAAACUGGUGGAGGCCACCAGACGGAGUUGCUGUGGCGAAUCUCUGGCUGUGACUGCUGAUCCCUGAGGAGCAUGAGUCAUGACCUCAGUGGUGCUGGUCGACACUGGUGGGAUGGUGGUGGAGUAUGUCACAGCUGAGGAGGACCCCCAGCAGCAGGAAGAAGAGUGUGAGGUGGACCUGGAGCUUGAAGGAGAGGUCGAAGGAGAGUGUGAAGCUGAGGCUGAGGACUACCCAGCAGUCAUAGUGGAGGAGGUACCCGGUGCCAGCCUGACUGAGGAGCAAGGUUACUCAGCCCAAGUGCUGGUAUGUGAGGAUGAGAUCUACCUGAUGCAAGAAGUGGGUGAUGAGCAGGAGGUGGAGACAGAAGGGGAGGCAGUGGAGGCCUCUGUCCAUGGCACCAGUAUCCACUGCUCUGACAAGACCUUUGAGGCUGCAGAGGCUCUGCUACGCAUGGAUUCACCUUCCAGCCUCAGAGAAGACCGUAGCCCAGAAGCUUUUGUCCCGCCUUGCGUAGCGACGCCGGACUUCCUUCACGCUGCCAUGCGUCCUGACAUGAUUGCAGAGACAGAGGUGGAGAUAUCAACAGAGGAGUGCUGUGAGGAGGAAGAUGUGGAGAUGGUCACCCUGCUUGAAGAGCCAGAACCAGAGCCCGGCCAAGAGCCUGUCCGGAAGAGAAGAGCUGGAAGGAAGCCAAAGACGCAUCAGUCAGCUAUUUCCAACGGCUCACCAGACCUUGGCAUCAAAAAGAAAUCAAGAGAAGGGAAAGCAGGGAGUACCACCUACCUAUGGGAGUUCCUGUUGGAUCUCCUCCAGGACAAGAACACCUGUCCCAGGUACAUCAAGUGGACCCAGAGAGAGAAGGGCAUCUUCAAACUGGUUGACUCAAAGGCUGUGUCCAAGCUGUGGGGUAAACACAAGAACAAGCCAGACAUGAACUAUGAGACCAUGGGACGGGCACUCAGAUAUUACUACCAGCGUGGAAUCCUCGCCAAGGUAGAGGGCCAGCGGCUGGUUUAUCAGUUCAAAGAGAUGCCCAAAAACAUAGUCAUCAUCGACGAUGACAAGGCAGAGAGGCCCGCCACUGACAGUCUGAUCGGGUCAGAAACUGUCACAUCCUACGAGCGUGUUAUGCCUUCGCCAGACAUGCUGCUGCAGGCGACCGAGCUGCCAUCCUCCAAGAAGCCCAACAUCCUGCGAGGUGGGAACAGGGCCAACCUGGUCCACGCUCCUGUCGCCACAGGCAGCAAGACAGCGGCAGGGGGUGGUGCAACAAUGGCAGCAGGGUUACCGAGGAUAGUGAGUGUUUCAGGAUCAACAGAUGGAAGUCAGACCCAGCAAUCUCACGCGGCUAUCAUCUCUAACGCCACCGGGCCCAGGACGGUGCGGGUGGCUAUGCAGGUGCCUGUAGUCAUGACAACAUCGCUUGGUCAGAAGAUCUCCACCGUUGCUGUGCAGCAGCCUGCAGGAACGACGGGGCCAGCCGGCCACACCACCCUCCUCACCAACACUUCUGCUGUCGGUGCUGCUGCUGGUAACACCAACUCACAACAGAAGGUUGUGAUCCAGACUAUUCCCACCAUGGUCCCAGCCACAGCAGAGAACGGAGACAAGAUCACUGUCCAGCUGGCAAAGAUCAUAACAAUUCCAGCCCACCAGUUAGCCCAGUGUCAGCUCCAGACCACCACAGGCACAAACAAGCCCAGCAUCGGGGCCUCCCCAGCAGGCAUCAGCCUCCUCGGAAGCCCCCUGACCGUCCGAGCUCUGGCACCUGUCAACGUCGCCCCAGGAACGCAAGUGAUGAGACUCACUGUACCAACGCAGACACAACAACAAACUCUAGUGGUGUCACAGCCGGGUAGCGGGGCGGGGGUUGUCACGGUAUCAACAGCCAGUCAGACGGUGACGACACAGCCUCAGCUCAUUAGCGGCAUCAUUAAUGGUUCAGAGCUGGUCCUAGGAGCGCCCGCAAGUGGAGCAGUGGAGAAGCUGAAAUCCACAGGAGUCCAGGUCCAAGCUGUGCAGGUGCCAGUGGCAGUCCAGCAGAACCAGAUGAACCCCAAAACUGUCCAGAACGUUCAGUCAGAGGCCGUGGACGCUGAGGUCGUUAUCAAACUGGAAACGCCUGACGUGACGAUAAAGACAGAGGAGCCUGAGUGGUGAAAUGCACACAUCUACCGAUAUCCAUCUUUUUCCUCUGUCAGAGAGGGUUAGUUUGUACAUGUCUGACGUCAUUUUUACUCUUGUAAAAACCAGCAGCAGUCUGUGAGACUUUAAAGCCUCCUGAAGGCCUGUUUUUAUUCCUGAACCUGUCCUCACAUCUUCCCUGUUGCUGCCUAGAACUUUUCUGAACGAAGCCUGUCUCCCUCAGAACCACACUGAAACCUCUGAGUGCUGCAUAGGGGGUCAAACUGUACUCCGUAACAAAGGAAUCCACACAGACUUCAAAGGAACUUGUUGGGAAGGUUAAAGGGACCAACUUUGAUCACUACAAUUAAUGUCUUUUAAAUAGAACGCUGUCACUGACUCAAAUUGGGAAAAACAAAGACCCUUGAAGAUACAAAAAAGAUGAAACACUACGAAUUUGAGGCAAAUAAUUACAAAAUGUGAACUAUCAAAUUAAAAAUCGAUACAGUGGGGGUGUAAUGAAGCUUUUGUAAAGACCAUUUGUUUAUAAUUUUGCCUCGACAGAUGCUAAAACCAGCAACUUGUUUUUUUUACUUCCAUCACUGUGCAAAUCAAGUGUGGGUGGUGCUAUGAGUCCUAAACGAGUGAGAGAAAAAAGAAAGUGGAGCUGCAAGAAGCUCCAGUAAGGAAUGAUGUCGGACAGAAAAUGGUCCUGUUUGUACAUAUAUACAGUAUACAUAUAUUAUCUACUAUACAGUUUACAGAGCUAAAGUUAACAGAACAGCCUUAGGUUUUAAUUUUGACUUUCUUUUCUCAUGUAUUGUCUGAACAGUAAGCUGAAAUUUGUUUUUGUGUUUCCUACCUUGUACCAAGCACAGUAUUAUGAAAACUAGGGGAACUAAUAUUUGUAUUCUUCUUCUUAUUAGUUCCUCUGUCUCUACCAGGCUGUUAAACGUUCAUUUAGAUUAAAUCUUACAGAAGAAACAGCAACAUGUUGUAGGUCAGUAGCCAGAUUGCUUGCAGUACGUCCUCCAGCACCUAGGAAAAUCUCUAGGCUUGAAAUUCAGACUUUGACAAAAGGAUCUUGGCUAUUACUCAGUGUAUUUUUAUUUCCUUUUUGGACAGAUGUUUGCUCUUUUCACAAUCUUACACAGUCUGGCUACAUGGAAAUGCAAAGAAAUAUGACUGAGCUGAUGCAUGUGCUGAGCUGUACCAUGUCUUUAAAAAAAAUCCAAAUUGAAAAAGGAAUGUAUGGAAACCCAGAUCUAGAAUGCAAUGAAGCAACUAAUUAUAAUUAUUGAAAAAGAGGCAGUGAAAAUGACAAGUUUAUGCAAAAUGGCUGUGAGAAAUAUCAAACCACUGUGGAUCCAAGGUGAGGUAAAACAGAGGAUCGAUUUGCCAGCAUACUUUUUUUUUUUUUUUUUUACUGCUGUUUUGGUCCUGCCCCUGUACUUAUUAUUUUUUUAUAUAUAAAGAUGGAAAAUGGAGAGAAAGAUGUUUGUGUUCAGACAGAACUGUUUGUAUAUUCAACAUUUGAAGUAUAUUCUAUUUUGCUGUACUCUUGUUUCAAAGUGUAUUAGAUUUUACUGAGCUAUAAAGACAUUUGAAACCUGA